AUGCCAAUUGAUGAACUGAAUUCUGCAAUAUGGUUAAUUCGUUUGUAUGGUUCAACAAUCCCACAGACUCAAUCUGAAAUCUGCCAAGAGUUUGUUUGCUCAACUAUAGGUUCUGAAAUACAUAUAACUAAAAUAAAAAUAAUAGUCACCACUUUUACCAAUGUUGGGGCAUUAAAUAAUUCAAUCACUGAAUUGGUACUACCUCUGGUCACAGAUAUCACAAUAAAUGAUUCGCCGGUCAACACUAAUUUCAGUAUCAAUCCAUUAGAUUAUUUCAAGAAUCUUCCCAAAUGUACAUCAUUAUCAAUCUAUAGUGAUUCAAGAAUCACCCAAAUCCCAAUUCAUUUCAACAAAGCAUUCCCAAACCUAGAAAAUUUGAUUUUAUAUUGUAGUAAUUUAACAUCAAUACCAAUUUUUUUCAAUUCAACAGAGUUAAUAGAUAUGCGUGUGAAUGCACCCAAGCUAACACUCACGUUACCAACCAAUGCCAAUCUACCAAAACUAUCCAAUCUCUUAUUAACUGUACUCAUUGAAAGAGACAAAACCUAUAUAUUUACUCAACAAUCAUAUCCAAGUCUUGCUAUCAUUAAAAUUCAAGGAACAUCAAAUGGAAAUUAUGGUAUUAUAGUAGAGGUAGCCUCACCUUUGGUUACUUCAGUUUUCACAGCAAUUAUUAAUAAUGGACCUGGGUUUAUCAGUCCAAUAUUUGUAUAUCCAAAAUCAAUCACUACAAUAAUUGUUGGUGGACCAAUAUUUUCAUAUUCUCCAAGUGAUUUGACAUUAUACACAAAACUGACACAUUUAAAAUUGAUAAAUGGACAAGGUGAAUUCCCAUUUUAUGGUCCCCUACCAUCAACUAUUCAAAUUCUUAGCUUAGGAUCAAAUAAUAAUUUUACAGGUAGUAUUCCAUCUAAUUUCUUGGCAAAUAGUCUCCCAUCUUUGAGUAUAGAUUUGACAGGAAAUCAAUUCCUUCAAGGUAGUCUUGGUCAGGAAUAUUGUUAUAUUGGGAAAUUGUUUAUUCAAAACACAUCGAUUAGUUCAGUUCCAGAUUGUUGGUGGUGUUUUUACAACUAUACAACUAGUCAAUUUCUAUUUCAAACAUAUCUAUCACAACCUCAAAAUAUCGAUUGUAAUUUUAAAGUCGAGAGUACCAAUUUAUUUUCUAUGAAUGGAGAUCCAGUUAGAAUAAAGGGUGAAGGAAUAGGAUGGGGUGAUCCCCAGACACAAGUAAUUAUACCAAAUAGAGAAUUGUCGAAAUAUAUUCCAGCUCCUCUUGGUAGUUCACAAAACAUGACUCUUCAAUUUUCAGGUCAUUCAAUGAACUUUACUGUUAACAUUAUUGGAUUCUCAGUUAGGAAUGUUACGAUAGAUCUUAAAAGCAAUCAAGACAUGAUUGUAUAUUAUAACUAUGCCAAUCCAAACUACCCACCAAAUGUAACUGUUGGAAAUAGUUUACAAUCGGUAAAAUCAAUCGAUUCAAAUUGUACAACCGUGUGCAGAGCAGUUUAUACUAUUCCAUUUCCAUUUAAUAUUGAGACAAUGACUUCUGCUUUUUUUGAAACUUUAUUCGAACAUCAAUCAAUUGGAUCAAGUUUAAUUAUUAUCAAAGAUACAAUUGUAACAUCUGUAAAUUUACAAUCAUCAACUCUUAAUUUAUUUGGAUAUUUUGGAAAACAAUCAAUCAAUGGAAGUGUUAUGAUUAAUAAUACGAUUAAUUGUGUCAUUGCAACAACGACAUUGACAUUUAUUAAUUGUACUUUAAAUCAAAUACCAACAAGUGGACCUGCAACCAUCUCGGUAUCUGUUCCAAAUGGAUAUUAUUCAUCAUCAUCAUUGUUAUUCAUUCCAUAUGUACAACCAUCAAAUCAAGAUUGUAUCAUCAAUACAAAUAAUUGUAAUGGUCAUGGUAGUUGUGUCAAUGGACAAUGUCAAUGUGACGAUGGUUGGGUUGAUGAUUGUCGUUUGAAAAAUGAAAAAGAUCCAGAAGUAAUGUUCAAACCAAAUACAACAUCACCAACAUCAUCAUUCUCUCAUAAGAAUUUUACAUUUUCAUUUAAUUUGGUUGAAAUUCAAGAAUUGGAUAUCGAUGGAAAUGUAAUCAAAAGAUUAGAAUCAAAUAGUUGGUUGUUGAAUGAUAGAUCAACAAAUGAUUUGGUGUCACUUUCAUAUGAUCUUGUCAGUCAUCAGAAUGACAGUGAUUAUUCACUGCUCAAUGUGACAUCGAUCGUUGAAUUCUCAAAUUCAUCGAGAUCAAUUCAAUUUGGUGAUGAUAUCAUUCAAUUGGGUGCAGGUUCAAUCAAGGUCUCUGUCAAUAUUACCAAAUGGCCAUUCACAUCGGUACUAUCCAAUCUUAGAGUAUUAUUCUCAACGACCAUCAACAAUCAACAAUCAAUCAUUGGAUGUGAUGACUCUAUCAACACUAUUGAAUCAUUCCAACAAUCAAGCAACGACGAUUCUAUUCAAUACCUUCGAGUAGUCAAAGACAAUGUUCAAUUCUUUGGUCGAUUCAUUGAUUAUUGUCUGUCAGAUGGCAGAAAGACCUAUUCAAAGACACAACUAAUCAACACAACAGCUAUCGAUCAAGACAACUCUAUUGCAUUGAUUGGUAUCAGUCUACCACAAUCACAAUCAUCGAUACUCGAUCCAGAUUUCAGUGCAUUGAUUAUCAACCCAGAUAGUUAUGGUAAAUGUGACUCUAAAUCAGACAAUGACAGAUGGAAGUUAAUAGUUGGAGUAGUUGUUGGAGUUGUUGGAGCUGUAUGUCUAUCUGUCAUUAUCUUUGUUGUUGUAAAGAGAAUCAAACAUAAUAUGAUUCUAAAUAUAAAUGGACAGGUAUUGCCAGCCGAUCAAAUUAAUUCAGCUAUAUGGUUAGGUCAAUUAUAUGGUAUAGAACCUCCAUUGACAAAUGAAGAUGAUGUUUGUGGCUCUGAUGAGUUUACAUGCAAAGUAAUAGGUUCUGAAAGACAUAUCACUGACAUAUCUAUUUUUCGAUUGGAUAAUGUUGUUUCUACAGUGACAUCAUCAAUCACUCAAUUGGUAUUCCCUCAAGUAUCCAGUAUAACUAUUUACGAAGGUCCUCAGGCAUCGAUCAUCAAUCGCAAUAUCAACCCAUUGGAUUAUUUCAAGGGUCAAUAUCCAAAAUGCACCCGUAUUACUUUUAGUGAUGAUACUAAAAUCAUACAAGUUCCUGUUAAUUUCAAUCAAGCUUUUCCAAAUCUAUCAGCUUUGUAUAUUUCUAGUACCAACUUGACAACGAUUCCAGCUUCGGGGAUCUGUACACCAACUUUAUACAAUCUUCAAUUUGAUAGUCCCAAACUAACAGACGUGGCUAUUCCUCCUUGUUCCUACUUAACUGAUCUACUUUUAAAAACAUCCUACCAAUCAAAUAUUACUUAUCGAUUCACUCAACAACAGUUCCCAAAACUUAAAUCUUUAAUAAUAGUACCAUCAGUUAUUGAUCCAAAUAUAGUUUUAACGUUGGAAAUUGACACACCAUCAAUAGAUACUGUAACUGCCUAUGUCAAUAGUUAUGGAUCUAGUUAUGUCUAUCCAAUCUUUUCAAAUCCAGGCUCUAUCAAAACAUUGACUAUUGGCGGAAGCGCUGUUUCAGUCGCGAAUAAUUUAUCUGUAUUCAAAAAUUUAGAGAGAUUUUCUAUUAGUUAUUCAAGUGGACCCUUUCCAUUUAAUGAACUACUCUCACCAAAAUUAAUAUCUUUAUCAUUAGUUGAUAACAUGUUUACAGGAAGUAUUGCAUCCGAUUUCUUGACAAAUAAUCCACAACUUACAAGCUUACAAUUGACAGGGAAUCAAUUACUGCAAGGUAGUUUUGGUCAGGAAUCAUGUAAUCUCAACCAAUUGUUUAUUGCAAACACAUCGAUUAGCUCAGUUCCAGAUUGUUGGUGGUGUUAUUACAAUGAAACUAAAAACGUUAAUUUUGCAACAACUCUUACCGUACCGAUACCUGCGAAUUGUCCUGAUCCUCAAUUGGACAGUACACAAUAUUUUUCAUUUGGUAGUCGUGUUACCAUCACUGGGUCAAAUAUUGGUUGGGGUAAUAGAGUAUCAAACCUCUAUGUUUUAGAGGCCAAUAGAAAAUUAAUUGCAACUGUUACUAUUCCAUACUCGACUACACAAAGUGUGAUUAUUCAAUUUUCAUCUCAACAUAGUAGAACUGUAUCCGUAACAAAUAUUGAUUUUUUUACUAGGAAUGUUACGAUUGAUCUUAAAACCAAUCAAGAGGAGGAGCAAGAUGGCGAGCCACAAGAUCAUCCAUUCGGUGCUGUCUACAAGUUUAUAGAGAAUAUUAGCUUUGCAUCUUGCUUUUCUCCAAUAGAAGAGUUGGUUGACAAGGUUAGUGGUGUGAAAAAUAUUAUCGAAACAGCUGACAAAGCUUGGAAAAAAGAGAUGGAGAAAAGAGAUUUAGAGAAUAUUAAUAUUAAUAAUAUUAAUAAUAGUAAUAUUACUAUCAAUUAA